GGCUGAAAGGUGGGUAGAGCUUCCUGCACCUGGGCCCCUUGAGUCAGCUCUAGGGGCCUCCUCUUGGCCCCGGAUGUGGGAAGGGAGGGCCAGGGGGCUGAGGGACUUAUUAGCCAAGACAGGAAGCCCCACACUAGAGGCCUUAAAAGGGGAGGCCAUUGUAGCAGGGCUCAGGAAUCUGUGUCCCAGAUUCGGUCUGCUGAGUCCACAGACGGCACCUCCAGGAUGAAGGCUGUCUUCCUCCUCCUCCUCCUCCUCCCUGUCCUGGGGCUGCUGGUGUCUGGCGAGUCCCGGUGUCCUGUGGAUGCAGCCAUCGAUCAGGAGAUCCAGAGAGGCACCAUCUCCGUAAUUCUUGAGGCUUUUAACGGCCUUCGCCUGGACUGCCAAAGCGUGACCUCCAGGGGGGAUCUGGCCACCUGCCCAGCAGGUUUCGCCGUCACUGGCUGCGCGUGUGGUUACGGCUGUGGCUCAUGGGACGUGCGUGCAGAGACCACGUGCCACUGCCAGUGCCAGGGCAUGGACUGGACUACAGCACGCUGCUGCCGCAUGCUGCUUUCAAAAUGAGCUCGCGCAUGUGCAGCGCCGGCGGGGGAAUGGGCCAGGUCUCGGAGGGGUGGGGCUGGAAAUAAACUAAGUGCUGAUGUAAGGGAUGUGUGAGCUUCUCGGUUUCUUUUGUGGGGUUGAGGGGAGGGGGCUGAUCUCAUGUCAUUAGGAAGAUGCUGGGGGUGGCAGACGCUUUCUUCUGCCCCAGCCCCCUUCCUCCCAUGUUGUCCCUCACCUCUACCUCCAAUAAUGGGGAACCAACUUCCUGUAAUGGCUCCACCACUCAGGGCUCAUGCCACCUUCAGGAGGGGAAGUGGGUCUUACGUUUGAUGCCACCUCGGUGGUCACCCUCGGAUCUCCGGCCUCCCAGGAAGUAGUUAUCCCCUCCCGCCCCCACAAUGAAGUUUCAUCUAGGAACUCUGUCAGUCCACGUACAGGACCAGACAGGAACCCGCUCCUUAAAACUUCGGGGCCUAGAGCCCCAGCAGCCCCAAGGUUGGGAUGGAGCCCAGAAUCAUUCCCUAGCACCCAGCUCUGAGCCCCUAUCCCUCACUCCCCACUAGUAUCAGAGACUUUUAAGGAGUAGGAGAAGCAGCAGGAAACACCUUCAACGUCCCUUGCCUCCCUGUGGAUACAAAUGCAGGUGAUUCAGGUUCAGAUCCCCAGGAAUCCUGACCC